GUUCCCCACCCGCCCUCCGAUCACCUCAGGGGGUGGGUCGGAGGUCCCUGGGCUCCCCGCGACCCAGCGGGUCGGGCAGGGGCGCGGCGGCCGGGUUGGCGCGGAAGUGCCCGGGAGCCGCGGGCCGGGGUCUCGCACCUCCGCCUGUGGCGGCCUCCGGUCGGGCCUGAGAGGUGGCCCUGGUCGACUGGGGCAGGUCGGAGGCGGCUCCGGGGGCUGCACCGACUCCGGAAAGUUUUCCGCUUGCCAGCAGUCCCGUUGCCUUUUUGUAAACCUCUCAAAUUCGACUCGUUUAGCAGGCGCUCGAAUGCAUUUAACAAGAUAACUCCAGUUGAGCAAGACUCCUGCAAGUAAAAUGCAUUUUGGGUGAAAGAAAGUUGGAGAGCUUUUGCUUAAGCUAAGUGUAGUGAGUUGUUUCUUGUAGCCGCGAGGCUGAUGGUGUUACGGCCGUGUGUCCUGACAGCUCGCUUUUGAUGGGAGCCUCUUUCUGAGGCUAAUAUGCCGCGCCCUUAAGUGUGCUCAGUUCUCAGAACACUGGUUGAUGGGCCUUUCCCCGCUCUCCUUUGAGAGAAGCAAACAGACAUUGAGUGACUCGGCCAAACUGUCACCUAACUCUGGGGCAGGUCAUCUGAGCCAGGACUAAAGUGAUCUUUCCGCUACAUCACACCGCUCAACAGGUGUGGUCUAAGAUUACAGUAAAGACAUCUUUCAGUGUUUUUUUCCUGGGUUUUCAGAUGCUUUUCCAGCGUCUCAUUGUUGUUGAGAAGGAAUCCAAAGGGCAUAAGUUAUAACAUGUUAAGGCACCAAAUCCAAACACUGUGUCUACAUUUCAACAGAUGACUAAGAAGGGCUCUUAGUAGAACUGUGUUUAUCUGCUGAAUGAAGCAGAGUGAAUCACGUGCAGUCAUGCAGGAAAACCUCAGAUUUGCUUCAUCGGGAGAUGAUGUUAAAAUAUGGGAUGCUUCAUCUAUGACACUGGUGGAUAAAUUCAACCCACACACCGCACCACAUGUUAUCAGCUCAGUGUGUUGGAGCAGCAAUAAUAACUUUCUAGUGACAGCAUCUUCCAGUGGUGACAAAAUAGUUGUUUCAAGUUGCAAAUGUAAACCUGUCCCACUUUUAGAGCUUGGUGAAGGGCAAAAGCAGACAUGUGUCAGUUUAAAUUCAACGUCUAUGUAUUUGGUAAGCGGAGGCCUGAAUAGUACUGUUAAUAUUUGGGAUUUAAAAUCAAAAAGAGUUCAUCGAUCUCUUAAGGAUCAUAAAGAUGAAGUAACUUGUGUAACAUAUAAUUGGAAUGACUGCUACGUUGCUUCUGGAUCUCUCAGUGGUGAAAUUAUUUUGCACAGUGUAACCACUAAUUUGUCUAGUACUCCUUUUGGUCACGGUAAUAACCAGUCUAUUCGGCACUUGAAGUACUCCUUAUUUAAGAAAUCACUCCUGGGCAGUGUUUCAGAUAAUGGAAUAGUAACUCUCUGGGAUGUGAAUAGUCAGAGUCCAUACCAUAACUUUGACAGUACACAUAAAGCUCCAGCUUCAGGCAUCUGUUUUUCUCCUGUCAAUGAACUGCUGUUUGUAACUGUGGGCUUGGAUAAAAGAAUCAUUCUCUAUGACACUUCAAGUAAGAAGCUCGUGAAAACUUUAGUGGCUGAUGCUCCCCUGACUGCGGUGGAUUUCAUGCCUGAUGGAGCCACUUUGGCUAUUGGAUCCUCCCGUGGGAAAAUAUAUCAAUAUGAUUUAAGGAUGCUGAAAUCACCAAUUAAAACCAUCAGUGCACAUAAGACAUCUGUGCAAUGUAUAGCAUUUCAGUACUCCACUGUUCUUUCUAAGUCAGGUUUGAAUAAGGGCUGUUCAAAUAAGCCCACAGCUGUGAACAAACGCACAGUUAAUGUGAGCGCUGGCGGAGGAGGAGCCCAGAAUCCUGGAGUGCUCAGAGAAGCAGCCACCGCAUCCGUUGCCGCAGCUCUGCCCCAGCCCACGGCAGCCGCUGUGGGGAAGGGAGCAGUUGCUCCUCAAGACAAAGCAGGUCUGCCUCGAAGCAUAAACACCGAUACUUUAUCAAAGGAAACGGAGAGUGGGAAAAAUCAGGAUUUCUCUGGCUUUGAUGAUUCUGGAAAAAGUAGUUUAGGUGACAUGUUCUCACCUGUCAGAGAUGAUGCUGUAGUUAACAAAGGAGUGGAUGAGUCCAUAGGCAAAGGAGAUGGCCUUGACUUUCUACCACAAUUGAACUCAGUGUUUCCUCCAAGAAAAAAUCCAGUAGUUUCAAGCACUUCAGUAUUGCAUUCUAGUCCUCUUAAUGUCUUUAUGGGGUCUCCUGGGAAAGAAGAAAAUGAAAAUCAUGAUCUGACAGCUGAAUCUAAGAAAAUGUAUCUGGGAAAACAGGAAUCUAAAGACUCCUUCAAGCAGUUUGCAAAGUUGAUCUCCGGUGCUGAAACUGGAAAUCUAAAUGCCUCUCCAUCAUCUAACCAAACAAGAAGCCCUGAGAAAUUUGAAAAGCCAGAAAAAGAAAUUGAAGCCCAGUUAAUAAAUGAACCUCCAGGCAAUGGAUCCUCAACUCCAAAUCCGAAGAUAGCAUCCUCUGUCACUGCUGGAGUUGCUAGUUCACUAUCAGAAAAAAUCGUUGAUACCAUUGGAAAUAGUCGGCCAAAUGCACCGUUGUCAUCUGUUCAGAUCCGUUUUAUUCAGAACAUGAUACAGGAAACCCUGGAUGACUUUAGAGAAGCAUGCCAUAGGGACAUUGUGAAUUUGCAAGUGGAGAUGAUUAAACAGUUUCAUAUGCAAUUGAAUGAAAUGCACUCUUUGUUGGAAAGAUACUCAGUGAAUGAAGGUUUAGUGGCAGAAAUUGAAAGACUACGAGAAGAAAACAAAAGACUGCGGGCACACUUUUGAAAUUUCAGUGAAUACUUUGAUGUUUUGUAAUUUGGGAAGGUUCUGACAACACAGAACUACAUGAAAUCAGUAUUGUUUUCAUAACCUCUGGGAGAAAAAAUGUUUUUCAGUCAAAGGGUGAUGGGAUUUUAUACCAAUCACUAUUUCAUCUUUUCUGUCGAAUAUAUUUAUAUUUUUAUAUUAAAAACUGUACACUAUGUCGUCCGCCUAAAAGGAAAGCCAACAGAAUCUUUAUUUUAUGAAAGCUUUAGCUAUACACUAAGUGCCCUUUUUCAUGAAAAAAUUGUGCAAAAAAAUAGGUUAUGUAUGUUUUUUAAUCAUCCUUUCUAAACAUAAUAUUUUUGGUUGACAGUUGCCUUCCAGAUUUUUUUGGAUGUUUAAUGAUUAAAGAGUUUGAUAUACCUUCUAUUUUUAUGGAGAAAGUAAGUUUAAUUGGUGUUUUGUGUUUCUAAGCAAUUGACUAAUAAAACACAAAGUUGGUUAGUAAUUAUUUUGUUAACUUGGUGAAGUCAAGUAUAACUAUUAUUUAUUACUUGUACAUUUGAUAAGAAAAUUUUCAGAUUUUGAAUUGCACAGAUCACAUUAUAUCUAUUGCAUUAUUCUUUUAUACUUCUAACUAAUCUCUACUCUGGUUGAUAUUUUGUAGUUAAUUUUACCUAUGAAAACUUUUAAGGGUUUAUAAGACUCAACCAGAACUGUGUAUCUGCUUAUUUCAUUAAUUAACAGCAUAAAAUUUAUACUAUAAUGUUUCAGUCAAUAUAAUUCCACUUAAUAAUUAGUGAAAAUUUCAUAUUAUACUAAGUAUUACAGUAUUAGUCCAUUUUUUCUCCUCCUAAAUGAGGUAUGGUUUAUUUUGUUCUGUGGUUUAUAUCAUUAACUUCCUUUAAUUCUUUUUUGUGCUGUGUGUAAUACUUUUAUAUUAUUGACCCACUAUAAAAUAAAAAAACAUU